GGGCAGACUGUGCACACUUCUGCUCCCCACUUACAGAGCCCGCCCGCUCGAGGGCCCCUCUUCUCUGAACGUCUGGGAGGAAAUGCCUCUUACCAGCCUCGGGAUGGGCAGAAGGAAGGUCAUCUGGGGUCUGUGCUUCCUGAUGCUGCUCCUCGAAGCCGGUUCUGCCAGGAAUAUCUGGAAACGGGCACUGCACACCAGGCUGGCUGAGAAGUCCCGCGCCGAGGAGGCGGGUGGCCCCCGGCAGCCCCGCGCCGACCGCUGCCCGCCGCCCCCGCGCUCGCUGCCCCCCGGCGCCUGCCAGGCGGCGCGCUGCCAGGCCGACUCGGAGUGCCCGCGGCACCGGCGCUGCUGCUACAACGGCUGCGCCUACGCCUGCCUGGAGGCCGUGCCGCCCCCGCCAGUUUUAGACUGGCUGGUGCAGCCGAAACCUCGAUGGCUUGGUGGCAAUGGCUGGCUCCUGGAUGGCCCUGAGGAGACGUUGCAAGCAGAGGCAUGCAGCACCACGGAGGAUGGGGCGGAGCCACUCCUCUGCCCCUCGGGCUACGAGUGCCACAUCCUGAGCCCAGGUGACAUGGCUGAGGGCAUCCCCAACCGCGGGCAGUGCGUCAAGCAGCGCCAGCCAUCAGAUGGGCGACUCCUACGACACAAACUUUACAAAGAAUAUCCAGAGGGCGACUCCAAGAACGUGGCAGAGCACGGGAAAGGACAGCAGAGACACCUUCAAUAGUGCGACCACAGCAGCCAAUUUGCAAGAACAUUCCUCCACUUUCUGCUAAGCCUUGGAAAUAGUUGGGUAAAAAUGAUGUGACCCCCAGAGGUCACGCCCAACUCAGCAGAUCCUGACCCUGAGAGACCGGACGUCUGGCUGUCAGCCCCAGCUUGGCCCCACCUGGCUGGGUGACUUUCUGGGAGCCACUUACCAGCGCUGGAUCCCCGUUUUAUCAUCCUGGAAACAAGGCACACUAGGAAUCGCAUUUGACCCUACAGCUCCACAGCUCCCCACUGGGAAGAAGCCACUGCCUCCGUGAGCGUGUCUGCAGCUCCUGUCUAAGACGGAGUUCGCUGUCCUGGUUACUUACAGGUGUCUUCCAGGUCUGACUCUGGCAGGCAUGCCCCCAUCCGAAAUGUUCUCAAAAUAAAUUUACUCCUCAUAAAAUGGAAAU